CUGUAGAAGUCUUGUAUACUUUUGUGAUGUUAAUACAACAUAGCAACAUAAUUUUUUGUUGUGUUUGUUUUGCCGUCUUGAAGCUUAACCUUGGAGAUGAUAUCGUGAAAGUUGUCAUCGAUUGGAGCAAGCUUCAAAGCACAUCAGCACUUCAGCCAACAUUGCUCUUUAGUGCACUUCAGCAGCAUAUUUUAUCUUUGCAGCCUCUUCUAGAAAAACUUCAGUCAUUGAUUAAAGAGGAAAAUAUAGGCCACGUUGUACCGGCAGGUAAAACAGAAGGCCAAACUUGUGAAACAAGUUUAGAUGUUUAUGAUGGUAACUGUCAGAUUGAAGAAAAGUAUGCAAGUUAUGACUUGGGAGAUCUGAAGGAUGCUCAUAUUAAUUUUGAUCCAGAGGUGGUCCAAAUAAAAGCUGGAAAAGCAGAAAUUGACAGGCGGAUAUCAGCCUUCAUCGAGAGGAAACAAGCUGAGAUCAAUGAAAAUAAUGUCAGGGAAUUUUGCAAUGUUAUUGAUUGUAAUCAAGAAAAUAGCUGUGCCAGAACAGAUGCAAUUUUCACACCCUAUCCUGGAUUUAAAAGCCAUAUAAAGGUUUCUAGGGUAGUAAAUACAUACGGACCUCAGACUAGAUCUGAAGGAGCACAUGGGUCCAGUCACAAAGCCAAUGUACCCAUUCAUGAUUGUGGAAACCAAGCUGUUGAGGAGAGAUUGCAAAACAUUGAAGCACACUUACGAUUACAAACAGGUGGUCCUGUACCAAGAGACAUUUAUCAGAGAAUUAAGAAGCUUGAAGAUAAAAUCCUUGAGCUGGAAGGACUGUCUCCUGAAUAUUUUCAAUCUGUAAGCUGUUCUGGCAAGAGGAGAAAGGUUCAACCUCCCCACCAGAACUAUUCAUUGGCUGAACUUGAUGAAAAGAUCAAUGCUAUAAAACAGGCAUUACUGAGGAAAACAAAAGAAAGCAAGUCCAAGGAGGCUGAGCGGCUUCUUCGAUAAAAAAAUAAAAAUCUUUUCAGAAUCCUCAUCGUGCUUUACACAUACCUAAACCAUAGACCUCAGUAGUGUUCAUUGGGGAUGACUUUAGAAAUGAAAACAAAGCAUGCAUAUAAGCUCCUUUUGGAUGAUCUUGAAAGCUUGCUUUCAGAAGAACUCAUUUAAAAAUAGUCUUAUUAAUGAAAUAGUUACUUUAAAAUGAAGAAUGUUUUAGGAAUAGCAUUCUAAUAAUCCAUUCCCUUCUGUUAUAAAGGAGGAUUGCAGCAUUGUUCAUAUGUGGAAAGUCUUAACCUGCAUACAAAAGCUACAUUUCACAUCUAAUUCUUGAUUAUUGAGUAUUCAAAAGGGCUAUCUUUUGAACACUUUUCCUGUAAGUAGUUUGCAUAGACUUGUGAAAUAAAAUGAAAUACUUCCUCAUAAGUAAACUCUUAGGAAAAAAAAAA